AUCGGAUUGAGCUCUGAUGACCAUUGGCACUCUGCCACUCUCCUCAUAAGGAAUUAUGACCAUUUUGUUUGCGCUAUUCAUCCAUGUGAUCAUGGCCGGUGCUGUGAUUGUUGACGCUUCUAUAGAGAAGUGAAAGCCAGAGGACUUUCUCUCCUCAACGAUAUGAUCAAAAGGCAAGUGAGUGAAAUGCUUCUGCCUAAUAAUAAAAGGUGGUAGGACCACACCGUGCCAUAAUUAGGAAGGCAUUCGUCUCGAGUCGCGUCCCCCAAUUUCGCCACGACGACGAACCCUAUAUUUGGCCUCCCUACCAAGACAGCUUCUAGGGAACGCGAGAAAGCUGCUAUGACAACUUUCUUUCACUUUUGACUUGACGGCAAAUCAAGGAGAGAACACAAGUGGCGGAGAAAAUUGAUGCUAGACCAAUACCAGAUUGAUAAUAAGACCAAAGAGAUUUUUCCCCCAUGAAAAAGGACGAAACACUGGAUUGGUCUGGCAAAUGUCGUGUUGAUGAUUGCCGUGGCUUUAGUUAUCGUGGCGUACGCCCAGGAGGCUGUUGAUGAAGAUUUGGAGCUGGCCGAGACCAAAGGAAAGAAACACACCCGUCACAUCCAGCCUAAUAACAGACCUUCCCCACAACGAUUUAGACCGCUUAUUCCAGCCGGUGGUCUAAAAGGACGUGGUAGAUCUGACAGCAGUGAAAACGGCGGCUCGAACGGAGGCGACGAGUACGAUGCCAAUAAUGACGGAUACAUAAUCAUUUCGUACGGAGGAAGACUAGGAAAAGGGAAGAAAGGUCAACGUUACGGAAACAAAUAUGGGAGUGAUUACAGUGUUGAAUAUGUCGGAAAUGUGUACGGAUACGAGGACGAUCAUGGUUCCCAGCAUGGAGGAUUUUACGAUGACGGAUACAACACUGAACAGGAUCACUUUAAAGGAAGCAGCGGUGCAGGUGAUGGAAAUGGUGAAAGCACCGGAUCAAAAGGUAACAGCGAAUCAACGGGCGGCUCUGCAGCUGAUGGUGGAGUCGUCGGUGGAAGUGACGUAACAAGCAGUAAAGGGCAAGGAUCCACGGGUAACAGUGGGUCCAUCAGCGAAUUAGCUGUGGCCGACGGAGGAUCCAAAGGCAACAGUGGAACCACGAGCGAUGCAGCUGUGACCAGCAGCGGAGACGCAAUGGGCGGAAAAGGAUCAAAGGGGGAAUCCAUGGUCGGUUCCACUUUGAGUGGUGGAGACGCCAUGAGAGAAGAAGGAACUAUGGGUGAAACUGGAUCCAAAGGCACCGGUGAAUCCAUGGGAGAAGGACCAACAGACGCCGGAACAGUGAGUGAAAUGGGCGACAUGAAAGAAGGAGAAAUGGGUGAAAUGGACAACGUCAAAGAAGGAGAAAUGGGUGAAAUGGGCGACGUCAAAAAAGGAGAAAUGGGCGAUACGGAAUCUGAGAUGGAAGUAUCAAAAGGUGAAUCCAUGGGAGAAGUCGAAACAGAUGUGGGAGACGCACCCGGAGACGAAGAAUUAAAGGGUGUGGACGGAUCCAUGGCAAAUGGCGAAGGUGCCGGUGGUGAUGACGAAAAAUCCAACAGCGGGAAAAGCAGUAGCGAAAUGGUCAACACUGGCACAAAGGACAGUGUUGAAGUAGGAGGAAGCGCUGAAGAUAGUGAAUACAUCUUAGAGGUUGUCCUAUCCGAAGACGAUGAACUGGAAGAAGAUGCAUCUAACAAAGGAAGUGUAUUAGAUGAAACUAUCACCAAAGAUAGCCCAGCUAUGGCCGGAAAAACGUCAUCCGUUACCAUGGAAAAGGAGAAGGUGACUGAAGGCAGUACCUCAGGUUCGGCUGCCACUGUCAUCUCAUCCGCAAUGAGCGGUAAAGAGAUGAGCCUUGCCAUUGACGAAAUGCUCAAAAUGGCUCAGAUGAUCAAAAUUGACGAGAUGAUCAAAAACGGAGAAAUGUCAAAAGUUGACGAAAUGCUCAAAAACGCAGAAAUGAUGAAACCUGAAGUAACUAAAGAAAUCAUGUCUUCUGUAACUAAUAUGGAGAAAGAGAUUAAGGAAACCUUGUCUUCUGUUACCAUGGAGAAGGAGAAUAAGGAAACAAUGUCUUCUGUUGCUAUGGAAACGAAUAAGGAAACAACGUCUUCUGUUGCUAUGGAGACGACAGAGACUAAGACUUCCGGAGACGGCGCUUCUAGCAGCACUGCCGGAAGUAUGGGUCAAAGAAGAAUAGGAAGAAACGGAAGUGGUACCCCAAGACCUGGCCAACCGGCAAGUGGGGAUCGAAGAUCAAUAACGGCAGGAAAAGUAACUCCGGUAACUUCGACAAACAGAGUACAGCAAGCAAAGGGAUCUGUUAGCAGCAAAACCACCAGAAGUUCUUCCGGAAGCAGCCCAAAGCCAUCAAAUUUGCCAGUCAACGUCCGCAACGCUGGAUCACCUAGGAGUAAACCAGACAACAACCAACGGAAACUCAUUCCACCAAGAAACAAUUCAGAAGUGAAUGGGAAUGGCAACAGAAGACCAUCGGGAAUAAACACGGGCAAAGUGAGCAGUGUUCCUGUGAACAGUGCGAAGAAAUUAAACGUCACCCUCGUGCCCACCAGUAAACCAGUUAGAAGUUCAAUCGCAAGCGUCGACAAAGAGCCAAAAAUAUUGCCAGGAAACGGCGAAAAGGUUACCAGCGGAGGAAAGAGCCCCAUCAGAAGUAAUGAGCCAAUCAUCAGUAGUGUUCAAAAUGGCACAAUCGUCACAUCUACAAGCAGUGUGGAUGGAGAAAGAAGAUUCUUAAACAUGGGCAACUGGAGAAAGCAAGAAAAGGGGGCUGCCAGUGGUAAAUCUGCCAGGAGCCCUUCCGGCGCAAGCAGUGGCACCAGAGGCAAACCAGGACCUGGAAAUGGCGAAAAGGUCAUCAACCGUGGAAUAAAAGCUAUCCAGUCCAAACCCGCUCAGCUCAUGAAACCACCGUCAAAACUAAAAGCGAAUCCAAUGAUGGGAGACACUAGACCUACUUUUUUCACCGAGAGCCGUCUGAAAGGCGAAACGACAACUGAAAAAUCCAUCCGCACUGAAUUGGGCGGUAGGCCAUCGAAAAACAGCGUCAAAGAAAAGAGAGGAAUUCCCAGCAGUGCACCAGACAACAGCAAAGCAGUCAGCAACACUUCAGCCGGUAACAAAGGAGAAAAGGGUGGCAGAGGAUCUGACAGAAGUAAAGGCAACGGUAAAAAAGAAAUUGUUAGCAGCAGUACAACAGAGUCACCUGUGACUGGAGACGAUGGUAACGCGGGAUCGGUUACUGGAGAGAAACACAACAGUGGGUUCGUCAGGAACGCAUCUCCACUCAGUAUUGUUCGCUAUUUACGAAAAGGUAUUGGCCGAUAUCUUUAAUUGGUAAUGAUUAUUUUCAUGAAAUCUCCCGGCUGCUGCAAACGGCGGAAUAAUAUGUGCCCCUGUUACAUUAUCCUAGGUUUUUAUUGUUUUCUUAUGUACUUUGUUUAACUUGUUACAAUGCAUUGCAUGGUACUGUGUGCCGUCCAGUGAGUUUAUGUUAGAAAAUAUAACGCAGCUGUUACAAUUUUA